AUGAAAAGGAAGCAGAAGCCUCUAGUCAAUCUGGUCCUUUUCGCGACUGUGCUCUUUGCCAUUCUCUUCCUCAAUCAUUCCCAUUCACCGGACAAGGCCUUCGCAUGGACGACAAUCAGGUACAAAUCAACCGCAACAUCGUUUCCCCCGGCUCGUGGCAUCUGCCCUGGGUUGUCUCCUGAGAAACCGGCCCUUGUCGUGGCUCGAGUCCAGGCCGAUGGUGAUCCAGAAUGGCUCAGUACUCUCUCGGACAGAUACCACCUCUGCAUGUACACUGCAGACGCGGCGGAGGACUUGGGCUCGAUGAAUCUGCAAGUCCCUGCGAAUCGAGGCCAUGAAGCCAUGGCAUUUCUGACUUUCAUCAUCGACAAUUACGACUCCAUCCCGGAAGCCGGAGCAGUCUUUGUGCAUGGCUCCCGAUUCUCAUGGCACAACGACAGCCCCGACUACGACAACAUAGCCCUGCUUCGCAAUCUCAAUAUCUCUGCUGCAUUGGCUCCGGUGGGCUAUCACAAUCUACGCUGCGACUGGAGCGCCAGUACCUGCGAUCAAUCUUCGUCGCCUCCUCAAGGUAGCCUGGAGACCUCCUUCCGCGCUGUGUUGCAACCGUAUGAUCCUAGGGUGAUCUCCGACAGCGCCUUGGCACGCUCUCUGGCCGUGUUGUUCCGUGGCGACGAAUCUGAGGCUGCCAAAACGGAUGGGCAGAUAUUUCUCGGUCGCAGUGAUGCUGUGCGCUCUCAAUGCUGUGCGCAGUUCGUUGUCGCUCGCGAGAAUAUACGGCGUCAUACUCGUGACGAGUACUUCGCUCUGCGACAGUGGUUGCUCGAUGGAAUCAGCCACCAUGACCUUCACCAGAGAACCCUCAACAAGAAUGCCGCGCCCCGCGAUGACCGCGUUGCCGGGCGCAUCUUGUCAUAUCUUUGGCACAUUCUGUUCAUCCAGCAGAGAGGUCCGGCAAACCAGGGCCGGGACGCCAGCACCAUAGAUCUACAGCAACUGAACCGCCUUGCCUGUCCUCGGGCGGACGAGUGUUAUUGCCGCUUGUACGGCCGGUGCAAUCUUCCAGGCUGCAACAGUCCUGGCCGCUGCGCUGGUCAGUAUCGGAUACCACCUGACUUUAAGCUCCCAGUCGACUGGCCAGCUUCCCAUCCAUAG